AUGGCUCAGUUCAAGUGGUUUGAUGGAACGGUGAAAAAUGUGCACGUUGAUCCUACAUUACUUUUCGACUACCAGGUUUGUAUUAUUACUUUGUUCAGGACAAUGCCCGCUCUUUAGAUGUUUGUCCUUGCCAGUUGCCAAAUACAUGUAGUUGACGCUUUUUCAAUUCUGUGGUCUUCUUCCUAUUUAAGAUGACGAAACAAACUUCACCUUCACCUCCUCAUGUAUACUCAAUCACGUAUAAACUGGCAAACAAACCCAACAAACAAAAAACCGUGUCUACCUUGUUGUCGCAGUAGCUACUAAUUUGUGUAAACGAAGUUUGUUUUACAAAAAUCCCUUUAACCAUAAACCCUGCAAACAAACUCCUAACAUUAUUAUGAGGGAAAUAAUUAGUGUUAAAUGGUGCUAAACAUUAGUGCUAAAUGCAACUUCAGAGUAGAAAAUAUAUCUUGCCUGCCUGUAUACGAUUGAUUGUUUCUGACAGCGCCAUUUAGAGUCUGCUGUACACUUGUACAAGAGACGUGUUGAUUGGCUCUCUGUUGGCUGUCGCAGAAUCUUUGGCACAGUUGUGGAAAAAAGGUCAGUUGACUUCCGCCUUUCUUAAGGAUUCUAGUAAUACAUCUUAUAUUUAUUUUCUGAAAUGUGAAGCAACCCUCGAUCUGAUCCUCUUACACAAUCAUCUGCCACUUUGUAAACCCAGUCAUUCCUGAACGAAACAGUACAGUUGUUCAGAGUCCCUUUAAGUUCGUAUCUAAUUAGAUGCUUUGGCCGUUUUUAUGAUAGAGACGUUAAAGACGGUAAAUAAGGCAGACGUGUUUAACGUCUGACGACAAUAACGUCUUCUGUUUACUACGUCGUUGAAAUGCACUUAACAUGCGACUUUUAUGCGUGUCAUUAGUAUUAAAAAUGGGACGGCAUAAACUAGGAUGCAUUUUAUUUUUGCCCAACUCCUCCAAGGGCGACUGGGAAGAGUCAGUGUUGUGUAUUUUUUUCGUCAAUUUUUUUUCAAUGUUUUCGUCAACUUUUAUGCAUCCCGUUUUUACCGGGCACCAGCCGGCAUUAACGUCUCGACCACUUAAGAUAAGAUAAGAUCAAUUUUAUAUGAUUAGUUUUUUUUUUUUAAUUUUUAACGUCUCUAGCAUAAAAACCUAAACGGCCAUUUUUAUUAUUGUGGUAACUCAUUUUUGGAGCAUCCUCCAUUUGUUGAAAAAAAAAAACUUACUGAAGCGUUCGCCAAAAUCGCUCGAAUAUGUUGACAUUAAAGAAGACUGACUACAGUAAAAACCUGCGUAUAAGAAUCUGGUACAUUUUUCCAAGUUAGGCUAAGAAGGUUCUUAUAAAAAUGGUGCUAAGUGGAAAGUCAGCCCACUCAGGUUCUUAAAUAGGUUCUUAUUUUUAAAAAUAUAUGAGGUGUUUGUCAUUGGUGGUUGUGGUUGGGCCUAUUUUUGGUAAUGCAUGCAAAAUAUGUUAUAAAAAUCCCUUUAAUUCAAGAUGGUUAAAGCCAUUUAUGAAGCUAUGCAAUUUAAACAGAACAAAAACAACAACUGUGUUGCUGCUGGGCCAAACAUGGUACUUGUGUAUUCAGUGGUUGACUGAAUUUCUCAAAAUUGUAGGCUAAAACAGGAUCUCAUAUAAAAUGGGUCUUAAUAGACAAUCUUAGCCUAAGAGGUUCCUAAAAUCUAGGUUCUUAUACGCGAGUUCUUACUGUAUGAUAGGUAAAUGAAAUUAUUUUGUUUAUUGCAGAGUGAUUGUGUUGUUGGACAUGUCAAUAUGCAUGUCACCAGCUGUACUUAGACUACAAGAGCAUCUCAAGCUUCUUCUAGAACAGCAAAUGGCUAACAAGACCUCCUACAACUUCAUCUGGUAAAUUUUGAGUAUAACAAAACUAACGAGUUGUAGGCCACGGCUGUGUUAGCUAUAAUUUUCUAACUCCCAUUUGUUGAUCAACGACACUGAAAUUUAGUUUUAAGUACGGAGGUGUGGAAUUUAUAAAUGCGUUUUUUGGGGCCCAAGCGCUUUUUCAUUUAUCCGUCCACUGUACCAAAGCUGUUCUGUGAUUGCGCCUUCGUAAUUCUCUCUUGUGAUUUUACAGUCUAAAAAUACCUAUCAAUAUGUCCAUAUCAGGUAGAUAUCAUCUUAGUGCCACUAGCAUGGCGGUGAAUGUUCAACACGACCUUCGAGUUUCAACUAAUAUAUUUUUUCUUUGCCCUGUUUUCCCCUUCUUCAACUAAGGUUUAUUUAUAUACUUCAAAAGAUGCUCACUGAAUUCUAAUUUGUAUUUGUUUAGUUUUGGUGACAAGACAGAGAUGUUUCGGCCAGUCAUGGUAGAACCCUCUCCCGAGUAUCUUGAAGCUACCUGGAAGUAAGUUUUCUUGAGCUCUCUACCUCCCAUGAGAGCUCACAGCCAAAAAAGUCACUAUUUCUUUUGGGUAACUAAAGAAAACAGGUAGUACUUUGUAAGAACGUGUUUUCAAGAGGUUGCAUUUGAAUGGUCACACUAAAGGAUUUUUUUUUUACAAAACGUACAACUAGAUUUUGCGUUAAUCGACACAGAAACAAGAAUAAGUUAAUAAAAAAAGCUUUCAUUGAUUCCGUGCUGAUUCAGAGUGCCGAACUGAACCAAAAGGAGUGAAAACGGACCAUGCAAAACCAGCAAUAUUUACCUUGGAACAGAGAGGAUAUCAAACCAAUUUUAGGGCGGCUUCACUCCCCCACUGAAGCAGCAGCAGUGUUUAUUUAUACUAAUGUGAUGUAAGCUUUAUCAGUCAAUACAGUAGACUUGGACUAGGACUAACCCGUUCAUUAAUUGAAAAGAUAUGCAAGACAACUGAAAACGGGCUCAGUGAACUGUAUUUCGCCACUUCGAGUCUUUGCAUGAUACUACGGCUGGGGAUAAACGAGCCCCAGUUUUUGCAAAGGAUGACGUACUUGAUGUUAUGAACGGUUUUAAGCAACUAAGGCCAGUGUUGGUUCUUAUGAUUUUGCUUUUUCUUUCUGAUAGAUGGCUUCUUCAACGAGGUUGCACAGGCAGUAGAAAUGUUUUGGAUGCAUUUAGAAAAGCUGUGGAAAACGAAGACGAAAGGGCUCAUGGCAUCGGUGAGUUACUGCUAUACAUAAAAAACAGAUUCUCAUAAGUGAUAUGUAUGUGUAAUCAAAUGGUGACGAGUGAAAUUAGGGAAUAAUUUCACGUGCGUUUUGUCCAAAUCCUUAUAAUUUCCCGUGCGUCGUUUUAUGCCCUGGCAUCUUCAGUCAUUCAUGUCUUUUUUUUUUUUGGACACUGAGACGUACGGAAAGUUGCCGUGGCAAUUUUGUAAUUUCACAUGUGAAAUUACAAAUUAUCGCUGAAAUUUCGCGCUAAAAUUAAGGAGUAAUUCGUCACCUAUGAUAUUAAUAGGUAAUCAAAUGGUAUACUCGUGAAAUUAGGGAAUAAUUUCACUUGCGUUUUGUCCAAAUCCUAAUAAUUUUUAAAUUAUAAGGAUUUGGACAAAACGGGCGUGAAAUUAUUCCCUAAUUUCACUCGUCACCAUUUGAUUACACAUACAAAUUUUUGUUCAGUUAAGUGUCUCAUCUCUGAAGAAAAAAACCAGUAAACCCGCAAACAGCUCAAAUUAUGUCAGUUACUAUCAUCGAGCCUCUUUUCCCGAUCGCAUUUGUGGUUUUCUGAUCACAUUCCCUUUGGAUUUCUUUUUUCGUUCCUUGAUAUAUCCCUUCUUCGCGUAAGGGUUUUACUUAGUGCUUUCACUACUUUUAGUUUCUUGAGAGUUGCUGCCCUGAGCUUGCAGUCCUAUGAUCGGUGUACUUUGUUUCGUCAAGGCUUUUAUCCAGUUUGUCUUAAACUUACUACUCUCAGAAGCACUCUUGUCUGGUUUUAACAGUCCCUCCUGCCCAGUUUGCAUUUUUACCAUAUCUUAAAAAUUUGUUUUGGUUUUACAGAGGUUGAAGGGAUUUAUGUGGUAACAAGUGGGGUACCCGAUGAACCAAAGGUAACGUAAAUUGGCCUGUUAUCAUAAAAAGAACUAUACAGCAGCUAACGGGUGGGAUAAUUGUUCAUCGUAACGAGCCAUACCAAAUAAAACUACUUCAGGAAAGCUUUCGUUUCAUUGGUCAAACUCGUAAUUUAUAUGCUUGAUAAUUAAGACGAUUUGUACAACGUAACCACUGAGGGUCGCCAGUCUCAUUAUAUCCUCAUUGUUGUUUUGUAACUUAAGUUUUUUUGUUCAGCAAUGAUUCUUAGGAUUUAACUCAACUGAGUUUCCUUUGUACAUCCAGGUCCAGCACCUUAGGGAAAUUUCUCCUUUUAAGUGCAGUUGAAUGAUCGCACCGUGAAAUCUACCCAUCUACUCAUUCAAAGGUUGAAGCGUUGUUAAAUGUUCAACACUAUUCUUUUUUCUUUAAAGGAUGUUGCCUGUGGAUUUGUAAGCGAAGCUUUAGCUGGUAGACACACUACAGUUCAUACUAUUUACUACGAAGUCGAGGACGAGGAUGGGUUGGUAUCAAUACCAGGAAAAUAUGCUGAUAGAGGAGAAACGGCUAAUUACCUUAGACAAAUGGCGCAUACUGUCAAUGGAAGAUUCCACUGGUAUAGGAAUGGAGGUGAAUACUUCUUCCUUCUUGCUACAGUGCCAUUUCUCUACCAGAUUAUGAAGAACCAAUAGGGAAUUACUGGAAAUUGGGUCGUGUAGUUCAUGUGCAGUCUACGAUAGUAUUGUUUCAACUAGUGCUGUGUUUUUAUUUGCCCUUGUAGUUGGCGGGAUUGUAAUGCUUGGGGUAUUUUCUCUAUGUGUUGGGUACUUUUUUGGCGGCGCCAGCCGCCAGGGAAAACCUCCCCCAGACUUCUGGCGGUUCUGCUGCCAAAAACAAACACAGCACUCCCGCCAAUCCCGCCAGCUGUACAGGCCAGCUUUGGUCAUCAUUUUCGUUGUUUUAUUUUGUUUUGUUUGUUUGUUUCCUAUUGGAACCUUUCCUUUCCAUACUUCUGAGCGUUAGCCCCUGCCUCUUGAGGUUCUUCGAUUUACGUAUUUCUAGUAUAUAUUUUGUUCUGCAAAUGUGGAAUAGCUCCCGUUAAAGCCCUUGUGCCUCGUUUGCCAAAGUAGUUUUGACUGUCAAAUCCUGGUGUUUAAACGUUGUUUACUAUGAUAAGCGUCAAAAAGACAUAUAGCGGGACUGGAAAAUUGUUUAUUUGAUAAAAUAAUCCAUCUUAAAAACAUUUGGAGGUUCAUUUAUCGAUCGUCGUAAGCCAUAGUCGCUCAACUUACCGACCCUGUAAGUCCUCAUAUCUUGUCUUUUGUCUUAGCAUAAAAUAACACAUAUGAGGCUAUUUUAGUGGCAUUGACUUUUGUCCGUAUUUGUCCAAAAAUGUUUCAAUUAGUUUUUGUUGUUUGCAGCAAUAGUAGAAAGUGAUGACCUGAGGGCUGUAAUAAAUGAAAUGGAUAAGGCAUUCAAUUACUCACAGAAAGUAAGUUUGUCUCAAGUCUCACUGUUCCCAAAGCUAUCUAUAUCAGUGUAUUUAGUGUUCAUCAAGAUGUCAAUCUGCGAAAUACCUUUUAUUAUUACAGACUGCCAUGUUGUUGGAAACUGUGAGAAAGAAAAAGCCAGUAGCUGAAUUGGUAGGUUCAUUACUAUCCUGUGGUACUGUUGUUUUGUCUAUAGUCUGUAAAGGGAAAUUUUUUAGGNGGAAAACCUCCCCCAGACUUCUGGCGGUUCUGCUGCCAAAAACAAACACAGCACUCCCGCCAAUCCCGCCAGCUGUACAGGCCAGCUUUGGUCAUCAUUUUCGUUGUUUUAUUUUGUUUUGUUUGUUUGUUUCCUAUUGGAACCUUUCCUUUCCAUACUUCUGAGCGUUAGCCCCUGCCUCUUGAGGUUCUUCGAUUUACGUAUUUCUAGUAUAUAUUUUGUUCUGCAAAUGUGGAAUAGCUCCCGUUAAAGCCCUUGUGCCUCGUUUGCCAAAGUAGUUUUGACUGUCAAAUCCUGGUGUUUAAACGUUGUUUACUAUGAUAAGCGUCAAAAAGACAUAUAGCGGGACUGGAAAAUUGUUUAUUUGAUAAAAUAAUCCAUCUUAAAAACAUUUGGAGGUUCAUUUAUCGAUCGUCGUAAGCCAUAGUCGCUCAACUUACCGACCCUUUAAGUCCUCAUAUCUUGUCUUUUGUCUUAGCAUAAAAUAACACAUAUGAGGCUAUUUUAGUGGCAUUGACUUUUGUCCGUAUUUGUCCAAAAAUGUUUCAAUUAGUUUUUGUUGUUUGCAGCAAUAGUAGAAAGUGAUGACCUGAGGGCUGUAAUAAAUGAAAUGGAUAAGGCAUUCAAUUACUCACAGAAAGUAAGUUUGUCUCAAGUCUCACUGUUCCCAAAGCUAUCUAUAUCAGUGUAUUUAGUGUUCAUCAAGAUGUCAAUCUGCGAAAUACCUUUUAUUAUUACAGACUGCCAUGUUGUUGGAAACUGUGAGAAAGAAAAAGCCAGUAGCUGAAUUGGUAGGUUCAUUACUAUCCUGUGGUACUGUUGUUUUGUCUAUAGUCUGUAAAGGGAAAUUUUUUAGGCCUUAAAUGGUAUGGUUGAAGUCCCAAACGAUGGUGAGCUGCUGAAAUGUACCAGAAUUUUGCUUGCACGUUUUCACCCCUGUUCAUUAUAAAUCAAAAAUCGUCACACAAGUCUAUGCCCAUGUUCAGUGCUGUUCACUUUUACCCUUUGGGUGCACAAAUGCUCCCAGCGGUUUUCAGAGUUUAUCAGGGAACAAAAUUACAUUUUCCUGCUAGAGAAGUCUUAGUAAGAAUUUAUUGACAUUAUUUCAUCACCGCCUGCUAUUUUGCUAGAUAAAUGGCUCAGUUGAUGGUGACAGCCAGCUUGUACCCAGGCCUCCAUCUGCAACGAAGUCACGCUUACCUCUGACCCCACCAAGGCACACUGCACUAACAAAGGCUAGGAUGGUAAGUGAUGUUAUAUACUGCGUAUGAUACUCGAAUUUAUGUCCUGUUUUACCUAUUGGCAGUUUAUUCUGUACUUAUCUAAACGCCGCCUAAAUAGCAAUAGUAUAAAACAUUUUUUUACUAAAUCAAAAUAAAGGAGCAUUCGCCUUGCUCGGCCUAUAUAACAAAAUUUUAUGGGCAUUGAAAUUAAUUCUUUCCAUCGCCACACAGGUUUUUAGAGAGUCUUGGUCAAACUUCCCCGGACACCUGUCGUUAAUGUUAGGUUUUCUUGAAAGUUCUUCCUUUUAACGUUCAUUUGGACUUUUAAAUAGGCAGUUUUUGACUAAUGCCGAAAUCGUCUAAACCUUAAGUUGCUCGUUUUAACACUAAACGCCAUUAACAAAACAUUUCACUCUCUACAUAAACCAGUAGCGUUAACUACUUUUGUGUUAAACGGCGUGGUUUGUGUUUUGUUUGUUUUAGAAACAGGCCUGUUCUUUGCCUCCCAUUAAAGUCACAUCAGAAGAUCCUGUAAGAAUAAAUUACCUUUUGUGAAAUCUACAUCUCUCUUUUACUGAAAUUGUUCGUCUCCUUUAAAAUGUACUAUAACGCUAUGUGCUCAAUAAGGUCAAAUCUGGCUAUAAGAAUGUUAACUGUAGUUGAGUAGUGAGUCUCUCUUUUAAACUCUUUACCAUCAAAGUUAGCUGAAAUCGGUUAGAAAAGAUAAAUGGUAAAAAUAUGAAAUGUCUUUUUUUCUUCGAUCUUUCAACUUACAUAAAGCAGAACAUUUUUGUAAUACAGUUAACUGUACCCAAGACAGAACUACACUGUUCGUGUCGACACUAAGAAGGUCAAAUGAAAUAACUGAGCAAUGACAAGCUCAAACUCCGGGUGUCCGUCUUAUUAAGUCUCGUUUGGUUUAAAAUUUCAUAUCAGCAGUUAAGUACAAAGAUUUGACAUUCAUACACAGCUUCUACACCAUGAUAACAUAGUGAACUCGAACGUAUUACUUAUGUCUGCUAGGGUUUAAAUGUCACUAUUCAUCCGUAAACGCAAAAAUCAUAGUCGCCUUAGGUGACGUUACUUUUUGGAGGUUGCGGUGAAGCUGCUUAUUGAUCCUAAUGAAACUGACUCCAGGGCCCAGUUGCUCGGAGGCCGAUUAGCGUUUAACCCGGGGUUAAAUUUAACCGGCGGUUCCUUUUCUUUUGUUCAAAAGCAUUUUCUCGGAUAAUUUUCUCUGUAAUUUUUAGAGCUUGCAAUCGUCAACCUGUAAACUAAAAGAAUUAAAACUGAAAUGCUUUUUAAGUUUUCAAAUCUGAAUUCAAAUCUCGCACUAACCCUGGGUUAUCUUAACCCAGCUUUAAACAACACGGCCCUGCAGUUGUAUAAGCAGAGGUCGGAGAGACUUUUAAGAAAUUGUACAGAGCCAAGUGUUAAAAGCAGGAUUUGCAAGAGGAUGGUAGUAGCUUACAAUUCAUCUUAUUUGAUUUUUUUCAAAGGUGGUAAAGAGAAGAACAUUUACGCCAUUCUUUUGAAGUUUUUGUUUCGGCCGUAAUUUUUAUCUACUUUAGUUUAUAUUUCUGUGCCCUCAUCGCUGUAAGCAUUUCUUGCUUUCCAUCAAUAUAAUCUAACUAUUUUCUAGCUGCCGUUACGAGAGAAAGCACUUUCUUAUAUAUUGUAAAAAAUUGUCUAAUUGAACACGACCGUCUUUUGUACAGAAUGUAAGACCUCAGACGGCCGGCAUGAGUCGUCCCAGUUCCUCCACCGGCGGGAAAAAGGCCAGGCCGCACAGUGCAUCGUCUCAGACCAAAGAAUCAACAAUGAAGGCGUUACAGUGGAAACCUACCACAUCAAACAGUUCUACCUCACUAAUUCCAGCACGUGAGUUGACCUGAUACUCCCACGUCUGUGAAUUCAUAUAUUAUUACAGACUGCCAUGUUGUUGGAAACUGUGAGAAAGAAAAAGCCAGUAGCUGAAUUGGUAGGUUCAUUACUAUCCUGUGGUACUGUUGUUUUGUCUAUAGUCUGUAAAGGGAAAUUUUUUAGGCCUUUUGGUUGAAGUCCCAAACGAUGGUGAGCUGCUGAAAUGUACCAGAAUUUUGCUUGCACUUUUUCACCCGAGUUCAUUAUAAAUAAAAAAUAGUCACACAAAUCUAUGCCCAUGUUCAGGACUGUGCACUUUUACCCUUUGGUUGCACAAAUACUCCCAGCGGUUUUCAGAGUUUAUCAGGGAACAAAAUUCAAUUUCCUGCUAUUUAUAGAGCAAAGGUCUUAAUAAGAGUUUAAUGACAUUAUUUUAUCACCGCCUGCUAUUUUGCUAGAUAAAUGGCUCAGUUGAUGGUGACAGCCAGCUUGUACCCAGGCCUCCAUCUGCGAAUAAGUCACGGUUACCUCUAACCCCACCAAGGCACACUGCACUAACAAAGGCUAGAAUGGUAAGUGAUGUUAUAUACUGCGUAUGAUACUCGAAUUUAUGUCGUGUUUUACCAAUUGGCAGUUUAUUCUGUGCUUGUCUAAACGCCGCCUAAAUAGUAAUAGCAUAACACAUUUUUUUUACUAAAUCAAAAUAAAGGAGCAUUCGCCUUGCUCGGCCUAUGUAACAAAAUUUUAUCAGCAUUGAAAUUAAUUCUUUCCAUCGCCACACAAGUUUUGAGGGAGUCUUGGUGAAACUCCCCCUGACACCUAUCGUUAAUGUUAGGUUUUCUUGAAAGUUCUUUGUUCUAACGUUCAUUUGGACUUUUAAAUAGGCAAUUUUUGAUUAAUGCCGAAAUCGUUUUGCUUUUGGUAAACGAUAUAAUUAGUUAAAUUUUAAACCCUAAGUUGCUCGUUUUAACACUAAACGCCCGUGAGAAAACAUUUCACUCUCUACAUAAACAAGUAGCGUUAACUGCUUUUGUGUUAAACGGCGUGGUUUGUGUUUUGUUUGUUUUAGAAACAGGCCUGUUCUUUGCCUCCCAUUAAAGUCACAUCAGAAGAUCCUGUAAGAAUAAAUUAUCUUUUUGUGAAAUCUACAUCUGUCCUUUUUCCUCCUUUUACUGAAACAGUUCGUGUCCUUUAAAACGUACUAUAACGCUAUGUGCUCAAUAAGGUUAAGUCUGGCUAUAAGAAUGUUAACUGUGAUUGAGACGUGAGUCCCUCUUUUAAACUCUUUACCAUCAAAGUUAGCUGAAAUCGGUUAGAAAAGAUAAAUGAUAAAAAGUAAAAAUAUAAAAUGUCUUUUUUUCUUCGAUCUUUCAACUUACAUAAAGCAGAAUAUUUUUGUAAUACAGUUAACUGUACCCAAGACAGAACUACACUGUUGGUGUCGACACUAAGAAGGUCAAAUGAAAUAACUGAGCAAUGGCAAGCUCAAACUCCGGGUGUCCGUCUUAUUAAGGUCCCCGUUAAGAGAGAGCUCUCUGUAGUCUCGUUUGUUAAAAAAUUUCAUAUCAGCAGUUUAGGACAAGGUUUUGAAAUUCAUACACAGCUUCUACACUAUGAUAACAUAGUGAACUCGAACGUAUUACUUACGUCUGCUAGGGUUUAAAUGUCACUAUUCAUCCGUAAACGCAAAAAUCAUAGUAGCCUUACGUGACGUUACUUUUUGGAGGUUGCGGUGAAGCUGCUUAUUGAUCCUAGUGAAACUGACUCCAGGGCCCAGUUGUUCGGAGGCCGAUUAGCGCUUAACCCGGGGUUAAAUUUAACCGGGGAUUCCUUUUCUUUUGUUCAAAAGCAUUUUCUCGGAUGAUUUUCUCUGUUAUUUUUAGAGCUUGCAAUCGUCAACCUGUAAACUAAAAGAAUUAAAACUGAAAUGCUUUUUAAGCUUUCAAAUCUGAAUUCAAAUCCCGCACUAACCCUGGGUUAUCUUAACCCAGCUUUAAACAACACGGCCCUGCAGUUGUAUAAGCAAAGAGGUCGGAGAGACUUUUAAGAAAUUGUACAGAGCCAAGUGUUAAAAGCAGGAUUUGCAAGAGGAUGGUAGUAGCUUACAAUUCAUCUUAUUUGAUUUUUUCAAAGGUGGUAAAGAGAAGAACAUUUACGCCAUUCUUUUGAAGUUUUUGUUUCGGCGGUAAAUUUUUAUCUACUUUAGUUUAUAUUUCUGUGCCCUUAUCGCUGUAAGCAUUUCUGGCUUUCCAUCAAUAUAAUCUAACUAUUUUCUAGCUGCCCUUACGAGAGAAAGCACUUUCUUAUAUAUUGUAAAAAAAUUGUCUAAUUGAACACGACCGUCUUUUGUACAGAAUGUAAGACCUCAGACGGCUGGCAUGAGUCGUCCCAGUUCUUCCACCGGCGGGAAAAAGGCCAGGCCAAACAGUGCAUCGUCUCAGACCAAAGAAUCAACAAUGAAGGCGUUACAGUGGAAACCUACCACAUCAAACAGUUCUACCUCACUAAUUCCAGCACGUGAGUUGACCUGAUACUCCCACGUCUGUGAAUUCAUAAAGUCUCUUUAAGGCACGAAUGCUUAAAGAAACAAGAUACAACCUCGUCACCAGGGAUAUUCCCUUGGAAUUUGGUAGGGGAGGGAAAAGGCCCUGUUCUCGGUCAUCUCUCCCCAUAGACACCCGAAAAGCUCGAGCAACUCUCGCCGUUGCCAUUUGAAAAGCUCAGGGGACGUGGUUAAAUAAGAUAAAUUUCCUUAAGGGGAAAAUUCGAAAACGGCGGUUAUACUUGAAAAUGUUUUGUAAUAUCGUUUCCAAGAAAAGCUUACAUUUUAGGAUCAACUUAGAACUUGUUUUUUUAAACGUGGUGAAUGAAGAAGCAACCGUAAAACNGUAGUAGCUUACAAUUCAUCUUAUUUGAUUUUUUUCAAAGGUGGUAAAGAGAAGAACAUUUACGCCAUUCUUUUGAAGUUUUUGUUUCGGCCGUAAUUUUUAUCUACUUUAGUUUAUAUUUCUGUGCCCUCAUCGCUGUAAGCAUUUCUUGCUUUCCAUCAAUAUAAUCUAACUAUUUUCUAGCUGCCGUUACGAGAGAAAGCACUUUCUUAUAUAUUGUAAAAAAUUGUCUAAUUGAACACGACCGUCUUUUGUACAGAAUGUAAGACCUCAGACGGCCGGCAUGAGUCGUCCCAGUUCCUCCACCGGCGGGAAAAAGGCCAGGCCGCACAGUGCAUCGUCUCAGACCAAAGAAUCAACAAUGAAGGCGUUACAGUGGAAACCUACCACAUCAAACAGUUCUACCUCACUAAUUCCAGCACGUGAGUUGACCUGAUACUCCCACGUCUGUGAAUUCAUAAAGUCUCUUUAAGGCACGAAUGCUUAAAGAAACGAGAUACAACCUCGUCACCAGGGAUAUUCCCUUGGAAUCUGGGAGGGGAGGGAAAAGGCCCUGUUAUCGGUCAUCUCUCCCCAUAGACACCCGAAAGGCGCGAGCAACUCUCGCCGUUGCCAUUUGAAAAGCUCAGGGGACGUGGUUAAAUAAGAUAAAUUUCCUUGAGGGGAAAAUUCGAAAACGGCGGUUAUACUUGAAAAUGUUUUGUAAUAUCGUUCCCAAGAAAAGCUUUCAUUUUAGGAUCAAGUUAGAACUUGUUUUUUUAAACGUGGUGAAUGAAGAAGCAACAGUAAAAACUACUACUGACUAGCUUCUUCUUAACGGCAGUGGUGAAAAAAGAUUUCUUGGUGACCUUUUUUCGCUCUAUAUGGAGUCGUACAUCUUGUUUUGUAAAUAUAUUUAAUAACCUGUCAAGUGGCGAUGCUGAAAGCCUAAAGUAAACCGACAUAAAAACUGCGCCUUAAUUUCUGACAGGAACUUCCUACGGCCAAGUUAAUGUUGGAAUAGUCCGCUACUUCAGCCUUUUAGAGAAGAUUAUGGUGCAAAGUGUUUGAAUCUCGAUUAUUGUAUUUAUCUACAGCUCCUCCAGCUAAAACCGUUGUUAAGGAGAGAAGACCAUCAUCAGGCGGAGUAAAAUCGUCCCAGCAGGUCUUCUAUACGGAGUGGAAAAAUGAUACAGGUUUUCUAAAGCUUCUGUUCUUCAGUAGGCUGACCAAGUUUAGUUGACCCGAACAAAAUAAUCUCAUUGGCUGUUUUGUUGAUAUAUUUGUUAUUUAUUUUUGCUUGAUGUCUUGGUCGUUUCUCGACAUCUUUAACAAGCGAGUAUAGUAUAAGAUGCUGCUUUUCUAAUCUAAAAAUUUGCCAACGAUGACGUUUGUGAGUCAGGCCUUUAGGCUAAGGCGGGAGAAAGACGUCAGAAAGGUCGAACUAGGGUCCCAAUCGUCAUACAUCAAAAAUGAGAGCGACCAGAAGUCACAUCGUGAUAUAAUGGUCACGAGGUGGAAGAUGACGCGACCAUGAACACAUUACAGUUGAAGUCGUUCUUGUGCAUGGGCAAAUAAAGAGACUGUAAAGGGCGACAAUAUGAUUGUAAACAUAACAUCUCGGUUUAAAUUUCCCUUUUAGUUUACGAAGCCUGUCUCAGAGGCCUCAAGAGCGCUAUUCUGUUUUUUUUUUUACACAGGUGCAGUUUUCACUCAGUAUACCCAGAAAAAGAAACUUAGAAGACCAAUUAAACAUCCUUUUAUUCCUGAUAAAGAGGACAGUGUUAGUACCAGAGAGGUGCGGAGUAUUCUUUUCCUGUUUAGUUUUUCCAAAUAAGAAUUAUAAACCGUGAUUUUCCUAAAGGCAUUCAAAUCGUUGCUUGGCGUUUAUGAGUUUACUGGUGAUUCUGCACGUCAACGUGCGUUUAUGUUUCUUUCACAAUUCUCUUAAGAUAAUCUUUUUUUUUUUCGAGGUAGUUGUUGUUAUUCAUUCAUUUGUGGAAACUUGAAUUGAUUGUUUUUGUCCAAUAUUGUUGUUUGUUUUUGCAGUGGAUGCGUCACUAUAGUUUGUCUAAGUUAAAGCUAGACUUGAAUAGCAUUGUGGGGUCUGCAGAGUGUUCUCAUGCAAAAGGAAAAGUAUCAUCUCUAGGCCAAUCAGUACCUGCAAGGUAAGAGAACACUGCAGACCAGCACACGGACAGAGGACAAAAAUACAUACAGUACUAGACAAAAACACUGUAUACUCUCCGACAGACAACCAAAGUUACCAACACACGGACAGAAGACAAAAAUACAUUCACUAGACAAAAACACUGCAUGCUCUCCUACAGACAACCAAGGUUAUCAACACGCGGACAGAAGACAAAAAUACAUUCACUAGACAAAAACACUGCAUGCUCUCCUACAGACAACCAAGGUUAUCAACACGCGGACAGAAGACAAAAAUACACGCAGUACUAGACGAAACCACUGUAUACUCUCCGACAGAAAAACAAAGUUACCAACGCGCGGACAGAAGAAAAAAAUACAUGCAGUGCUAGACGAAAACACUGUAUAUUCUCCGACAGACGACCAAAGUUACUAACACGUGGACAGAAGACAAAAAUACAUGCAGAACUGGACGAAAAUACUUUAUACUCUCCGACAGACAACCAAAGUUACCACCACACGGACCGAAGGCAAAAUACAUGCAGUACUAGACGAAAAUACUUUAUACUCUCCGACAGACAACCAAAGUUUCCUUUAAAGGAGCUGUGUCAAGAACUUAAUCAAAAUUCUAACAGUGAAAGCUGCAAUCCAGUUUAGUAAAACAUUAAAUUAACAGUUCAAAGCCGGGAACAUUUAUUGAGAGGAAGGUAUAAAUAACACAGCGUUUUCAAAAGAAGCAACAGAUGGACAACAUUGAAGAAGAUUACGGUGUUUGAAAGCUUGUUAGCCUAAGUGUUUUUCAAAGUUCAUUUUUGUUGUUUCCUUUGAUAUAAUGCUAUGCGUUGAGCGAGAUAUUUGUAGCUGUGUAAUUAGCAAUAUUAAUCUAAUGAACUAGACAGCCCUGACGCAGCUCCUUUAAGCCAACUCGUGACUUGCUUAUAUAAAGACACGUUAUAACUUAUGAAUCAUGAAAUCAAAACAAUACAAACUCUUCAACCUCCUUCUCCUGAAUAUUAGUUCCAAUGUGGCUACUUGGAUUAUAUAUCCGUCCAAGGCCUUCCUAACUACCGUGCAGAAAUUCAAGAGUUUAAAUAAGACUGACUUAUAGAUGGACUCAGAGACAGAUAGACGGACUAUAGGGUAGACAGAAAAAUAGUCCAUGACAGUCAGACUUACAAUUAGGUAGUCAGGGCAGUACAGAUUCAUCAUUCACUUAGACCGCUUUCUACCGUGGCAAAGUUUCUUAAAUGAAAUUUUUGUCAAGCGCCUUUACGGCUGAGCUACUGAGCAAGUUGUUUUCAUUUUUUCUGUUUUUAGAUACUGCAACAUUUUCCCAAGUGUGGAAGUUAAGGUAACUGAACACUGUUUUAUAUUCUUCCUUUCUGAUUUGUGAUGAAGUUCGUUACAGUUUCGUUGUUUAUUUUACGGAUCAGUGAAUAGAUGAAGAUUAAUCUUUCACCUGGAUCACUUUAGGGAGUUGUGAAGCAUCUUCAUCUGCUGCCUCAUGAGUUGGAAGAUUAUGAAGAGCAAGUGGAAAAAGUGUUACGAAGAUACGUUAAGCGAUUGCAGUGGCUCCUUAGUGGUAGUAGACGGAUUUUUGGAACGGUAGUCGAGAAAAAAGUACGUAUACAUGGGCAAUGUUUAAAUUGGGAAAAACGUAUAUAGCAUUGAGCUAAAACGGAAUGCUCUGACCAAAGGCUAGACCCGUCAACUGCAAAUCCUCUCCAUUGACCAGCUUUACUCGAAGGCAAAUUUUGCACAUUUUUUUACCUAAUUAUCAUGAGAUACAAAUAAAAAACGGUGUUUUUUUUGGCGGGGGGGAGGGGGGAGUUGUUGGGGCGAAAAGGAAGUGAAACUACUCGAUGUAGUUGAUACAGAGAAAUGAGGGUAAAGCUGCGCCGUUGUUUUGACUCCAGCAACGAUUUCUUCCUUUAACCGUACUAAGCAGUUGAGAUAUUUCCUCAGAACUACCUUUUUUUAGAACCACGCCGAGCAAACUUCGGAUCUUUAACUAAUCUCGCAAUACACUGGUUUUUCAGGUAGCGAUAUUGAUAGACACGUCAGGCUCAAUGGUCAGCAGUAUGGAUGAACUAAAACGGGAACUGGCCGCGUUAGUCUGGGAUCAAAUCAGGCACCAUGCUACAAAGUGAGUACACUGCAUUUACAGCAAAGGUUGUUUGAGUAAUAAAUGGCUAUGAGACUGACUCCUCCUGGAAACAUUAUUUAACAAAAUUGUUUUAAUUGUCUUUAGAUUCAAUCUUAUCCGGUUUUCGUCUGAAGUGGUGCCAUGGAAACCAAAUAUGACCUUGACGUCAGAUGACAGCUGUCAAGAUUCAGUUGAAUGGGUUUCUGAUUUUGAUGCCAACGGAAGCACGUGCACAUUAAAUGCUCUUCAGGUAUAUCAUUAUUCAUUUUAGGAAUCCCCUUCAACACCUUUAACUACAAAUUACUUAAGGGUCUCGCUCAUAACUAUCGAAACAUUCCUCUCAUGAAUUUUGUAGGCACGUAUACUUUUUCUUGGUGAUCCUCACGUGCCAACUGUCUAAGGCUCGUUUUUUUCUUGAAUUGUAAAGAGUUGUAGAGAUAUUACAAGGGCGCUGACAUUUGUCUGGUGGUUGCUAGUGUAAGCCAUAUGUUGACUUAAAGAUCGGAUGUGAUGCUUUCUGCAAAAGUGUCAUUCCUGUCUGUGCUUUCGCAAGUGAUAGUAAAUUUAAAGAGCCUGAAUUCAGGUUUCCUUUUCUACUGCAAGGAUCACUCAUUUUUUGUGUGUUUGUUUUGUUUCUUUUGCAGGUGGCAUUUGAAGAUCCAGAGGUACAAGGAAUAUAUCUCCUCACUGACGGCAAACCGGUUAGUUUGCAUUUUAUGUCCUGUCCUCAGCUAAAAAGUUUCGCCAAGAAAAGUAACUGGGAAAUUAACUGUUGAUUGUUUAUGCAGAUGUGUAGUUGUCAAUGUCUCUUCAGCUACAGUAAAACGGCCAACAAAAAACGUGCUGCUUGUUUUCCAACAUUGCUGCAAAACCAGUUGAAUAGCGAUGUGGCGCGUUUUACCACCGACGCUCGAACCUGUCGUAAGGUUGCAAGGUGGUGAAACGUGCAACAUCGCUAUUCAACUCGUUUUGCUUCAAUGUUGCAAAACAAGUUGCACGUUUUUUGUUGCCCGCUUACUGUAGCUUAAGCCUCCUCUGUAACCUUUUUAUACCGGCAUUCGGCAUUUCUGAGCAAUCUCUGUAAAUUUUUCACUUGUUAGCUUGUAGGUUUUGUUUUCCCAUUGCAGACCAUGUUUUUUUCCCUACGGAAUUGUCCCCUAUGCAAGUGCAUUCACUUGCGUAUGCGUGCAUAGUUAAUGAAGAGACAAAAGACAAAUUCCCUUGAGAGCAAGGUCAUUUGACCUGUUAGUAAAUACCUUUUGUUAUUCGUAGGAUAAAGCGCCUAAUUUAUAACAAAUUGCAACACUUAUUGAUCAUUUUUUUUUUGCUGGUAAAGGAUAACAGUACAACGAUGGUACUACGAGAGGUGGCCAAGUUAAACUCAGGAAGAAAUGUUCGUGUACACUGUAUUUCCUUCAACUGCGAUGACAGGUAGAAGCUCAUUUAGGAGAUACAGUAAAAAUCCGCGACUAAGAACCUUACCCUCUUAAAUUAGCCUAAACAGGUUCUUACAUAAUUGGUAAUUAGCACAGUUUUAGGCUAUUUAGGUUCUUAAAUAGGUUCUUAUUUUCUGUAGAAAAAGUACAUUGUAGCUAAGAGUAUUUAGUGGUAUUCAGCUCAUUCCCUUGGUAAAACCUGUACACCAUUACAAUUGCAGUUGAAAUAAUAAGGUUCCUGAAUGUUGACUUAUCUCACUUGCCCAAGUGCAUAGAAUUUUUUUGUUGAUUUUAGAAAAUAGUGAAUUUUAACCUAGGUGAAUACAUGAGAAAGAUGUAUAGUUCAGUGCCUUUUUACUGUUUCGUAAAAUCCGUCGUUUGGUUGUGGUAGCAUCAAACAUCGACCACGUUUCUAAUUGUCUUGUCCUUCUUUUUACUCUUAGUGUAGCAAACAAGUUUCUUCAACUUCUGGCUUCUCAGACUGGCGGGAGGUAGGAUUCGGUUAUUCUUAUCUCUUUCUGUCUCCAUGUUCAAAAGAGAAACCCUGGUUCUUCUAUGUGAUCGUNUUAUUGUUUCGUAAAAUCCGUCGGAUCCGCCGCUGGUUGUGGUAGCAUCAAACAUCGACCACGUUUCUAAUUGUCUUGUCCUUCUUUUUACUCUUAGUGUAGCAAACAAGUUUCUUCAACUUCUGGCUUCUCAGACUGGCGGGAGGUAGGAUUCGGUUAUUCUUAUCUCUUUCUGUCUCCAUGUUCAAAAGAGAAACCCUGGUUCUUCUAUGUGAUCGUUUUUGUCUAGGUGAGAGCCAGUCUGACGAGUUUCUUUCCUGUUUCACAGGUAUCAUCGUUGCCAAGGCGAUCCGGAUGGUCACAUGUUUACUCACAGACUUCUUACCGAAGGCUUCCGUGAAGACGAAGUAAGCACAGAAGAAACAUAAAUAUACCAAAAAAAGCAUUAAGUAACAUCAGGAAAGGACACUAUCUUCUAUCUGUUUAUACGAAAAACAAAAAUGGUAUCCUGCCAGUAGCCCAUACUUCAUUUAUUAAAUUUCUCACUCGAUUGUUAAAAGAUGCGUUCGUUUUUGUUAUUAUUUUUUUAGCCGCUUAGUAUGCCCGUAUUCGAGGGAGAUGACCUGCGUAGAUUAGCCAGUGAAAUUGCCUUGUGCAGGAAGUUCCUUCUUCAGUCCAGAUCCUACAGGUAA